UUGUCCCUCACCGUCAAAUAUCACAACAGCCACACCACCACUGUGACCAAUUUGGCUGAGAUUUCUCUGUCAAGUGAAAAAACAAAAGAAAAGAAAAAGCUUUUGAAACUGGGUCAUAUUUUUGGCUUUUCUUUGAUCAGUUGUUGCUGUUGUUUUCUCCACUGACAUUUCCUGUGAUUGUUGGUCUUUGCAUAUAUAAUAUUAUACACUGGUGCCUUACAAAAUAUAAAUGAAUAUGAUUGAAGUAUAAAGUUCCAAAAUAGUAGUAGCUGUCUCAAUAUAUAUAUAUAUAUAUAUACGCACAAAUAUAAUAUAUACAUAUACUUAUAUAUAUAUACCCUUAUCACACACAUAUGUGCAUACACAAACACACAUACUCAUAUACAUCAUAUAUUAUUCUGAAGGAUAAAUGAAAAAAUAACCAAGGUCAAACUUAAUUGAACAUAAUUAAUUAGACAAAUAUAAACUGUAAAAUUUAAUUCAAUUUAAUUUUUUGAAAAAGGAUAUCAAAAACAAAUGGAGUUCAUUACUUCUGGGAAAUUGGUAACUGUAUGUAUGCAUCUAGCUUUGUUAAUGAUUCUAAUGAAGACGCAGCAUGUUGAAACUAGCUCUACAAAACAAGAAACUGGGAGAAACACAUUGUCAACGAUACUGUCAUCAUUAUCAUCAGCAACACCACCAACACCACCAGUAAUAACAACAGCAGCAAUAACAGUAGCAGUAUCAACAGCAGCAGUAACAGCAACAGCAACAGCAACAACAGCUGCUGCAACAACAACAGCAUCAUCGAAACCUGCACUUUCUCACGUUGUAAUUUCGACCGUUACCGAUGGAGCUUCUCCAAUAUAUUUAACUAGCCAGCCUCCUACAGUAAAAACAUUGGGCCCAUCUUUACGUCCAACUGUAAGAAACCAGACAGUAUUGUGGAAUAGUUCGACUAGAUCACAGCACAAAACUACCUCAAACUUUUAUUCUGCAACACCGUUUCCUUCGAAACUUUCUACAACUAAUGCAGUUUUAAAUGAAACUCCACAAUCCAAAAGCAUCACUACUGUGGUUUCCCAUACAACGAAACUUAAAUAUCCGAUUACUUCUUCUACCAAUACAAUCAUAUCUAAGGUAACUCAUGGUCGUAGCUCUCUUCGAUUAUUAAACGUUACUAAGACAUCGUUUGAGAAGGGGAGUACAUCGGUACAGUCAUCACUUUCGACUUCGACUUCGACUUUGGUGUCAACGUCGGCUGCAAGCUUGCGUUCAUCUUUGGUUUCACUCGGUACUACCACUUCUAAAAAACCAGAAAUUCGAUCAACACCAGUUUUAUCUACAAGCCCAGCUAAUACUACAAAAACAGCUGUAACAACUACAGCAUGGAACAUUUCUACAGAGCAGUCGAUUCUAGAUAUAAAUAUCACAGGAGCUACGAGUAAAGAAUCACAAAAACUAACAACAGAAGAACAAGUGGCCACUGGAAUAUGUGUCCCGCUUUUUGUCCUUAGCAUUUUGGGUUUAAUAUAUUUCUUUUACAAACGAAAACGCCAGGAUCAGUCUAUCAAAUUUCCAGAGGCAUGCAACGAGUCAUCAUGGUCAUAUGCUAAUUCCGCAUUUUCUGGAGAAGCAAAUGAAAACAAAGCAGCAGAACGUAACUAAAAUAAACUUGCAUCUUUUUACAAUAUACCGUCCAAAUCAGUCGGUGGAUUUUGAAUAUGAAAUAAAAGAAGACUGUAGUGUUAUCAUGGGAUAAUUCCGAGAUCCUUAUUACUUCAAAUAUGAAUUGCCACGAAAAUGUUAUGUAUUAUUUUGACAUCACAUCAAGAAAGUUGGAACUGUUGAUGACUAAAACAAAAUAUAUGAAGAGCAGACUGGCAUUUUGUUGAUGGUGGUGGUGGUAGUGUGUGUGUGUGUGUGUGUGUGUGUGUGGAGAGUGGUAUAUUGUAAAGGCUCAGAAAAGAAGUAAAAUAAUAUACAGAAAAAUUGAGAAAAAAAUAAUAGAAAUAUAUAAUAUAAUAUAUAAUAACUGACUGGCAUUGAUUAAAUGAAGGCUUUUAAGAACAUCUCUAAGAAAGUUUUAUAUCUUUAUAUUUUCCAUUUAGAUCUUUAAUUCCAAAUAUAGGGGUUCAAAUUAAAUAUUAUAAAGCAUUUCGUCAGACAAUCCAUGGAGGUUGAGCUUCUACCAACAUAUUGACUUGCACGUGUGUUCAUGUGGACACAAGAUAUGUAAAAAGGGGUAGAAAAAGUAGGAGAAUUUAUUCUUUGUUACUAAAUCAUAUCAAACUGCACUUGUCAUUCUAGCAUCUAUGUCCACAUUACUAUUAAGAUUUCAUGCAAUAGGCGUCUCUAGAUAUUCGUCUCUCUCAACUAUUCUUCUAUGUUAUUACACCACUCGGUGUACAUCAACGAAAAGAAACUACAGUCAUUCUAAAAUCAUUAACGAAAAGAAACUUUAGUCGUUCUAAAAUCUAUUCGUCGUGGUUACAUUAUGUUUCGUUGAUGGGACCUAAAAAGACCAAAUUAUGUUCAGAAGUGUCACUAUACUACUAAACAUCAGAUUUCCUCUCCACUACAUUUCAUAUUGAAUUUCAAUUACUAUUUCUGGGUUGUCACCUUUGCUCUCCAUCUCUCUCUCUAUCUCUCUCAGAUAAUGAUUCACCUUGAAACUACAGAAAUAAUUUUAAUAAAUUAAAUUUCUUAUAGAAAAAUUCUAGAGCCUAUGUUAUUUUCCUCUUGUCCUACAUACACACACACACACAUAUAUAUAUCAAAGAAGGUAAAAAGAGAGAAAAUGGAAAGCUUCUAACAACGCGGAAAGUUUAAUAAAGCCUUUAUCU